AAGUGGCCUCCUUCAUCUUUCCCUCAGGAUCAUCUGCGAAGCUUCUACCUCAUACAACGGGACGAUUGCAUAACUGGACACAAGCGGUCGACGUUUCUCAAAUUCACGAUGUCCGGCGAAAAGAAAUCUGAAGGCCUUCUUCUCAAUAGAAAUAGUGUCGAGAAGAUCGAGGUUGAACAUGUCAAGUCCGACGAUUCGGAAGAAACAUAUGACUUUGGCGGAGAAUCGACGCUUCCGCGUCCCCCGAAGCUUACGCCUGAACAAGAGAGGAAACUCUACAGAAAGAUCGAUCUCAGGAUAAUUCCUAUUGUCACGCUUAUGUUCUUGACCGCCUUCUUGGACCGAGGGAACAUCGGCAAUGCAAAACUUCAAGGGCUAACAACGCAACUCAAUUUAACUGAGAACAAAUAUAACGUUGCGCUCACAAUGUUCUUCAUUCCAUAUUGUCUUGUCGAAUGUCCCUCCAAUCUUGCGGUAAAGAGACUGCGGCCCUCAAGGUGGUUGCCAGGCAUAACGGUUGCUUGGGGUAUCGUUACGGCGUGCAUGGGUGUUGUUAAAACCUAUCCACAGCUUAUCGUAAUGAGACUGUUACUUGGUGUGGCUGAGGCUGGUUUCUUCCCUGGCGUUGUUUUAUGCUUGACGUGGUGGUAUCCCAGACAUAUGCUUCAGUUCAGAGUCGGUCUCUUUUGGGGUGGCGCUACUCUCGCUGGCGCGUUCUCCGGGCUGCUCGCAUUUGGUAUUUCAUUCAUGAAUGGAAGAGAUGGUCUGCUGGGAUGGUCUUGGAUAUUUAUCAUUGAAGGUAUCGCAACGAUCGCAGUGGGCAUUCUCGGAUUCUUCUUCUUGGUUGACUUUCCGGCAACCGCAUCAUUCCUUACGCCUGAAGAACGAGCCUACAUCAUCUGGCGGAAGAAGUAUGACAAUUCUACUGUGGGCGAGGAGGAACAUUUCGCACUGAAACAUGUCUGGAUGGCGUUCUCCGAUUGGCAGUUGUGGAUACACAUACCCAUCUAUAUGUCCAGCAUUGGGCCUUUGUACAGUAUAUCAUUCUUCCUUCCUUCAAUCAUCAACGGUUUUGGUUUCAGUGCUACAAUUAGUCAGCUGCUCACAGUACCUCCAUAUAUUUGCGCGACGAUCAUCACAAUCCUGUUUGCGUUCUGGUCCGAUCGAGUUCAGAAGCGUUCACCUUUCAUACUCGCAAGUCUAAUCAUGUGUAUCAUCGGAUUCUCUAUUAACAUCUCCCGCGCACCAAUUGGCGUGAAGUACUUUGGGACCUUCUUCUGCGUAACCGGAAGUUACGCCGCGUUCCCUGGGGUCGUCUCUUGGCUAGGAAACAAUAUGGCUGGCCAAUAUAAACGUGCCACAGGAAUAGCAGUGCAUAUUGGAAUAGGAACUUUUGCUGGAGCUAUCGCUUCAAAUACCUAUCGCUCGCAAGAUGCCCCACGAUAUAUCAUAGGCCAUGCCAUCGCACUUAUGUUCGUUGGCAUUGGGCUUGUCGCAACCCCUCUCAUAGUUAUUAUCUACGUCAGGACCAAUGCGAAGCGAGAAGCAGACCUGCAGCGCACGCAAGAGAGGGGCACUAAAUAUAGCGUGAAGCAAUUGCGUGAGAUGGGUGAUCGUGCGCCUGAUUUUAGGUACACGUUAUAGGAGCGUGUACCAGCUACGCAGUAACACAGGAAAGAACCAGUGGCUCAUAGGUGAUUU